AUGAGUGGCGGCGACGCCAUGCGCCAGCACCCGAUCACUCGACAAGCCAUAGGCCGCGAGCGUUCGCUCUCGGAUGGCGGCGGCGCCCACCCGCUCGACAUUCGGCCGGACCACAACCCGAGCGACCUCUUUGCGUGCUUGUGGUUCAAGGCGACGACAGUGCGGCCGCUCUUGCUGCGUAUGCCCGACACGAUCGUGAUUGAGCAAGGUCGGUUCCAGCAGUGGUUCUUCACCUCCAAGCGCGGCGAGAUUCUGCGGCGAAAGCGAGACAAGCUCACAAAGGACCGCGUCUUUCGCUUCUUCCAGGAAAAGCUCACGGCUGGUAUCGCAGCCGUGUUUGUCCACUCGGUCAAGACCGACGACGAGCGCGUUCUGUACACGGAGCAUCUGAGUCUCCCGGCCCUCGAGUCGCUGCUCUUCAAGGUGUCGACUGUCGAGCAUGGCUUGCUGCAGGCAUUUGUCGUGCCCAAGUCGGGCUACAACACUGCGAUCGAGUCGGUCUACUCGCACGACGGCUGCAGCUUCCUCGCGACGCGCGCCACCAACGUCCACCUCAUGAUCAACCACAUGGUGUCGCUCAACGACCGCGUCGCAACGUUUGAAGGCGCCGCCAACGUCACCACCAAGAAGCCGAUGGCGAGCCCGACGCUGCUCGCAGAGCUCAAGCGCAUCAACGACGACAUCGUCGAUCAGAUCCACCUCGCGAUUGGCUUGGAGGCAACGCGCAUGACGCUCUACUUCAAGAUUGGGCUCGACAACCACCUCUAUUUUUUGUACCCGUCGACGAUUCUCUUUCAAAACGAAGACGUCUUGCCGCCAUUCGAGCUCGCACUGCACCCUGGCGUACUCAUGACCGUGGCGCCGUCUCCCAACACCCACCGACGCCGACGCAAGUGCCCCGGGUGCCACCGCCUUGACCGCGAUGCGAGCGAGAGUCAAGUGACAUUCCUCGUGACGUACAAAGCCAUCAUAGCCGCCCAUGCGCAAAACUCGGACGACUCGCUCGAGCUCCACCAGUAUACGAUCCCGCACAUCAUUCAGUCGACAAAUACGGCGCUCAGUGUCGAAAAGUACUUGGCACUGACCAAGACCGCGUCCUUUCUGUACAAGACGACCGAGGUGUGCGAAACGUGCUGCCGCUCCAUCAACGCCAAAGCCAUGCUGACGCCACAGCAUGCGCUUCCUGCGGUUCAGCCCACGACCGCGCGACGGUCGACGCGCCUCAGCAUCGCGCAUCGAAGGGCGACCUCGGCCACACCGCGGCUCUCAGUGUUGCGACCUGCCGAGGCCACACCCGUUCUGCCGUCCCCCAAUGUCGCGCUCGUCCAGCCAUUGCGGCCGUCGAGCGCUGCCAGCACUACGCCAAGGACGUCGGUGCCACCAACGACAAUCUCUGGCAGCUUGGAGAAGCUUCGAAUGCAGCUUGUCCAGACGACAUCCGAGCACACGCCAUCGCUGGAAACGCUCUUGAUAGAGCACGAGAUGCACCCGCAGCACACGUGCGUGCACAUCAACUACCUCUCGACGCUGGCGACCUCGCUAGGUAUCGUCUUGACGACGGAUGAGUGGAAGGCGAUUGCUAUGUACUGUGAGCCCCACACGGACCUGGCGCUGGUCGAUCUGCACAUUCUCGACGAGCUUCUCCGCCUGCCACGCGCACCGCAGCCGCCACGCCCCCAGUCUUGCGGCCACAACGCUCGACCCCAGCCACCAAGCCACCGCGGCCGCCUCGCCAGCCCCCCGACGACGCCCCCGGCGCUCAAAGCGACGGCGCCGGAUCCCAAUUCAACACCAUUACUGCCAGAAUCCAAGAUCGAUGACCUCACAAGCGAAGAGCGCGCGUGGCUAGAAAGUGUGUUGCAGCGGCAGGCAUAA